AGCUCCGGACAGCACAUGUUCAUCAAGUUUUUUAGCGACGGUUCUGUUACUAACUCGGGCUUUAUGCUAACCUACGAGGCCGUGGAUGAACAGCCUGCACCGACACCUGAAACGACACCUCAAGACAUACCUGUUUCAACAACAGAUUAUUUUACAGGAUCGGUGGACAGCACUACUUGGGAAGUCACGGAAGAAGAUGAGACACCUACACACAACUCUGUUACAACAACGGAUUAUACAACAGAAGCUGCUGAUAGCACUACUUCAAACUACACGGGUGAAGUGUGUCCAGUCAACGAUACAACACUUUCUGCUGUUGUCUAUGAAAUCGGUUACCUGAUGUCACCUAAUUACCCGAGUGACUAUUACAACAACGCCAACUGUCGGUGGAUAAUAAGCUCUGCCAGUAAUUUAGUCGUCAAGGUGACAGUCUUAGUCGCCAGUCUGGAGAUAAACUACGACUACGUAGAGAUUUUUGAUGGUAUGUCGGCUUCAUCGCCUUUACUUGUCAGGUUCUAUGGAAUUCCCAACGAUACAGUUUACUACAGCUCCGGACAGCACAUGUUCAUCAAGUUUUUUAGCGACGGUUCUGUUACUAACUCGGGCUUUAUGCUAACCUACGAGGCCGUGGAUGAACAGCCUGCGCCGACACCUGAAACGACACCUCAAGACAUACCUGUUACAACAACAGAUUAUUUUACAGGAUCAGUGGACAGCACUACUUGGGAAGUCACGGAAGAAGAUGAGACACCUACACACAACUCUGUUACAACAACGGAUCAUACAACAGAAGCUGCAGAUAGCACUACUUCAAACUACACGAGUGAAGUGUGUCCUGUCAACGAUACAACACUUUCUGCUGUUGUCUGGGAAAUCGGUUACCUGAUGUCACCUAAUUACCCGAGUGACUAUUACAACAACGCCAACUGUCGGUGGAUAAUAAGCUCUGCCAGUAAUUUAGUCGUCAAGGUGACAGUCUUAGUCGCCAGUCUGGAGAUAAACUACGACUACGUAGAGAUUUUUGAUGGUAUGUCGGCUUCAUCGCCUUUACUUGUCAGGUUCUAUGGAAUUCCCAACGAUACAGUUUACUACAGCUCCGGACAGCACAUGUUCAUCAAGUUUUUUAGCGACGGUUCUGUUACUAACUCGGGCUUUAUGCUAACCUACGAGGCCGUGGAUGAACAGCCUGCACCGACACCUGAAACGACACCUCAAGACAUUCCUGUUUCAACAACAGAUUAUUUUACAGGAUCAGUGGACAGCACUACUUGGGAAGUCACGGAAGAAGAUGAGACACCAACACACAACUCUGUUACAACAACGGAUCAUACAACAGAUUCUGCUGAUAGCACUACUUCAAAAGUUACGAGUGAAGUGUGCCCUGUCAACGAUACAACACUUUCUGCUGUUGUCUAUGAAAUCGGUUACCUGAUGUCACCUAAUUACCCGAGUGACUAUUACAACAACGCCAACUGUCGGUGGAUAAUAAGCUCUGCCAGUAAUUUAGUCGUCAAGGUGACAGUCUUAGUCGCCAGUAUGGAGAUAAACUACGACUACGUAGAGAUUUUUGAUGGUAUGUCGGCUUCAUCGCCUUUACUUGUCAGGUUCUAUGGAAUUCCCAACGAUACAGUUUACUACAGCUCCGGACAGCACAUGUUCAUCAAGUUUUUUAGCGACGGUUCUGUUACUAACUCGGGCUUUAUGCUAACCUACGAGGCCGUGGAUGAACAGCCUGCACCGACACCUGAUACGACACCUACAGCCACAUUUGUUACUACAACAGGUGAACUUGCUGACAUGCAGGUGAUUCCAAGUACUCUGCGUUUGAGUGGUGUUAAUCAGUCUGUUCAACUUACUUGUAGCAUUCCAAGUACCGCUACUGUCCAGUCUGUGUAUGUUAUGACAAUGUCCCGCAUCACAAGCUCACAACCUUACCAAGAACAGACCCUAGCUUUCGCUGGUGCAGAGUCUCCACAGGCAACAUUGGUUCCAGCUUCAGAAGGGGGUCUUCCAGCUAAUUCAGCAACAGUUUCAGGUGGUGUAACUCAAAAAUCAAUUCAGGUGAUUCUCAGACAACCGGACUGCAAAGAUGCCGGUGUGUAUCACUGUUCCAUUAUGUAUAAUAGUGGAACUUUUACUCAACCAGAUCCGAAGGUUCUGGAUGAGUCUGAGAAUUUGACAGUCACGGUUCCACCUGGCAACAUCACUAUAUCAGUUUCUCCUGACAAUGAAAUCAACGUAGCCAACACGACUGUGGAAUUGUUAUGUAAUGCAGUUAUUGGCGUUUAUGAUCAAGCAACAAAGAACACUGAGGAAUGGACCUGGGAGUUCAAUGAUAAGAUGUACGGAUGGCGCACAUACACAAAGGACAGCGACAUCAGAAAGGACACACCUAUCCAAGUGCCAGGCACAUGUUACUAUCGUCAGGUCUGCUAUCUUACACUCCUCCUCACACCUGAUGACUCCAAGAGAGAAUACAGGUGCUCAGUGGAAAACAAUGGGGAUAAAGAUUCAGCCUCUCUCACUCUUGGAAUAGUCAAUGAAGAUGGCAUUGCAUCAACCCAAACUUCAUCAACUGAGAGCAUUGCAUCAACUCAAGCUUCAUCAACUGAGAGCAUUGCAUCAACUCAAGCUUCAUCAACUGAGAGCACUGGAUCGACCAAAACUUCAUCCACUGAGAGCUAUAGUUCAGCCACUGAUACCAUUGCUGACCACGCGAUUCUCUGUCUCGUUGCUUUUGUAUCUCUGAUUGUGAUGAUACAAACUGGACCCUAAGACCUGUACUUUACAAUGGAGACUUAGGACUUGAAUUCCAGGAUAGUGCACAAAUGUCUGUUCUCUCGCUGCGCAAAGUUUCAGAUAACAACAUAUUGAUAAAGAAAUCUUAUGGGCACUUACACACAAAACACACAUAAAAUAACCAAAAAUAUACUCAGAUGGCGAACUGUAUUUACGCACUUUUAAUAGAUUUCAUUUUCUUCCCGAAAUUUUCAUGUUCCUUUAAAGCUAGCCUUUCAGUUGCUAUGUGGAUAACUGAUUGUCAUAAAAUACAAAAUGUUAAUGUCCAUCUUCUGUUAUUCAGUGUUUUAGUUCUUGUAUACUUGUUAUUCUUUCCUGUUCGUUAUAAUAUUUAUAUAGCUCCCAUUGUAAAUGUUUGAUUACUUCUUUUUUACGUAUUAGGCCAGCCGGCCUGCAAACGCCGAAUAAAAGUAUUAUUGUGGAAACAUAACACACGCGCACACACACAUACACACUCUCUCUCUUUUCACAUAAGGUUGAAAUUUCGAUUUGUAUGGCAUUCGGCUAAUUGUCUCUUUUCCAAAAGAUUGUCUCUCUUUUCGUAUACAGAAAAUAAACAAUUUU